AUGACAAAGCUUCAGUCAGUCCUCGUCGUUGGAGGAUGCGGUUUCGUGGGACAUCACAUCGUUGACCAUCUUCUGGCCAAAGACAACAACAUCAAGAUUUCUGUGAUGGGACGGUCGAACGGACAACACCGAAGGCCUCAAGUCGAAUACUUGGAGGGCGAUCUGCUCUCGGAGAGCUCCGUACACUCGAUCUUCCAGAAAGUCAACCCCCAAGUCGUGAUCAACACAGUCGCCCCAACCACCUUCCCUCAGAAAGGGACACCCGAGUCGCAUUACAAGAUCAACGUGGAUGGAACCUUGAACUUGCUCAGAGCUGCUGCCUCUUGCCCUGCCACUGCAGGAUUCAUCUACACCUCCUCAGCGCACACUGUCCUCGCGACCGACUACACCGGCGCAAAGGAGUCGGAUCCUGUCGAUGGGAAUCGCGACAGUCGUCGAUUUCCGACUUCAUCCAAAGCUAUCGCUGAUGCUGUAACUCUGGCAGCGAACAACUCUUUGCCUAUUGACGCCGGAGGUCUUCGCACAGCCACCAUCAGACCCUGCGUCAUCUUUGGUGAAGACGACUCGCAGCUUCUGCCGACCGUGCUUUCACAGCUGGACAACAAUCAGCAGAACUUCCAAAUCGGACUCAACUCUGCCCUGUAUGAUUUCGUCUACGUUGGGAAUGUCGCGGAGGCCCACAUACUGGCUGCUGAGGCGCUUGUACGUGAAGCAGCUGAGGGAUCGGAGAAAUGCAAGCAAGUCAGUGGCGAGUCGUUCUUCGUUACGAACGAUGAUCCGCAACACUUCUACGACUUCAUGAAGAAGGUCUGGGCAGCCAGCGGUUAUGAUGUGUCCAAGCUCAAGCCUAGAGUCAUUCCUACGAAGGUCGCACUGGGGUUAGGCAGCGCAAGCGAUCUGGCAACGUGGGCUUUCACGCUCGGCAGAAAGUCUCCUUCUUCCUUGUCUCGAGAAAGCAUUGAGCACUUGUGUCUCAACCGUACUCAUGACAUCUCCAAGGUGAAAGAACGCCUGCAUUAUACUCCGUUAGUUUCGGUCGACGAAGGAAUCAGGCGUGGAGUAAAGAGUCUGUCGUAA